AUUCUCUGAUAGAGGCAUUUCAACAAACAUUUGGCAUAUUUCGUGUUCUUCUCUCUCAAUUUUCCUUUUAUAAACAUACUGUGGGGCAACGUAGCUUAGUUUGUGAGAGACGAGCUGAUAUUCUGCAUUGUAAGAUAGGAGCGAUGCCUUUUAUUUACCUUGGCUUGCCAGUUGGAGGAAGGCCGGGGAGGAAAAAGUUUUGGGUUUCUGUGCUGGACCGUUUUCGAAAUAAGCUUGCCGCCUGGAAAUGUUCACUGCUGUCCUUUGGAGGUCGAAUUACCUUGCUCAACUCGGUACUUUCUGCUCUUCCUAUUUUUUAUUUGUCGUUAUUUAAAAUUCCAAAAUGUGUUCUUGUUGAGUUAGUUAAGAUUCAGAGGGAUUUCUUUUGGGGUGGAGCAAAUUUGGAGAGGAAAAUUGCAUGGGUAAGCUGGGAUAAUAUUUGUGUGGAAAAAGAGAGAGGGGGUUUAGGAGUGGAUGAUUUAAAGAGGAGAAACUGGGCUUUAUUGGGUAAGUGGUGGUUUAGGUUAGGUGAUGGUGUAGGGGGUUUAUGGAAGAGAGUGAUCUGGGAAAAGUAUUAUGGGGGUCGAAAGGAGGUUGAUAUUACUUCUUUCAGCUCCAUGCAUAUGUCUCGAGUGUGGAAGGACAUUGUGGGUGUUGGUAGUGGGUCGGAGAGGGUGGGUGUAAUGCUAGGAAAAGGCUUUAAAUGGGAGAUUGGUGACGGAAGCCGAGUGGCUUUUUGGGAUGAUAGGUGGGUUGGUGAUAGACCGUUAAAGGAUUUAUUUCCGAGAUUGUAUGCGUUAUCGUUGACCAAGGGGGGGCUUUUGAAGGAUAUGGGUUUUUGGAGUGAGGGUACCUGGGUAUGGGAUUGUAGAUGGCGACGAAGCUGUUCCGGGAGGGUUGGUGAGGAGGAAGAAAGGUUUAGGGAGAUUAUUAAUAGGAUCAAGGUAAAGGAGAAUAAAGAUGAUUUAUGGAGAUGGGCUCAUAGCACUGAUGGUGUUUAUUCUGUAAAGGAUGCAUAUGGUUUUUUAGCUCCUAAAGAUGAUCUUUUGGAUGCGAAAUGGGUGAGAAUCAUUUGGUGUAAGUUUGCUCCAUCUAAAGGGGUUUUGUCGAAAGACAUUUUUGGUGUGGCAGAGUUUGUGACGCAUGGUAUUAGUGGUGGUUGUUUGGCGGAAUUAGGGGCUUUCAUUUUUCUGAUUGUUGUUUGGUUUAUGUGGUUUUGGAGGAAUAGGCAGGUAUUUGGAACAGAGUUGAUGUCUGAGGAGUUAGUUUUGGAGUAUAUACAACAUAAAUCAUUUUUAUGGCUUAAAAAUAAAGAGAAAGGGUGUGGUUUCUCUUAUCAAGAAUGGGUCUCAAGGCCGAGGGAGUGCAGGGCAGCCAUUACUCAACAUCGUCAAAAUAGGAAGAUAUAUCAAAGGUGGCAGCGAGAUGUGGGAUGAUUUCACUGCUCUUAAUUUUUGCUGUUUCAUGUACAAAAUUGACAGUUCUUAGAUGCAGGAUCUGGGCUUAAAGUGGGUUUUAUUUGAAGAUUUUUCUUGAUAGUUGUAGUUGCAAUUUGGGGUAUUUCUUAUACUCCUGAUUAAUAUAUAUCAUUCG